AUGACUGAGCAUGGAAUUCGAAUUGCGAUUGACCGUGGUGGUACCUUCACCGACGCGUGGGCGCAAAUACCCGGUCACUCCACCGAUAUAAUCUUCAAAGUCCUGUCUGUGUGCCCAGAGGAAUACAACGAUGCGCCCACAGAGUGCAUCCGAAAGAUCUUAGAGAUCACUAGUGGAUCAUCAAUUCCACGAGGCACUCCCCUGGACCUUGAACCAGUUGAGUGCAUCCGAAUGGGCACCACAGUCGCAACCAACGCACUCCUCGAACGCAAAGGCGAGCGAGUGGCCCUGCUUAUUACCAAGGGAUUUCGAGAUCUUCUCAAAAUUGGAAAUCAGUCCCGACCAAACAUUUUCGAUCUCUCUGUGCAACGUCUCACUCAACUGUAUGAGACAGUGGUUGAAGUCGAUGAGCGAGUUACUGUCGAAGGCUUUUCGGAAGAUCCAGAGCCCAAGGAUAUAGAUGUUAACUCAGAUUCAGCACUACGAAGGGGAUUAACCGGUGAAAUUGUUCGUGUGUUGCGAACUCCAGAUCUCGAAGCAGUUCGAAAAGACCUUCUUGCGGUCUGGGAGCAGGGAUACCGCUCUGUGGCUAUUGCACUCAUGCACUCAUAUAUGUUUCAAAACCAUGAGAUAUCCGUCGCUGAAGUUGCCCGAGAGCUUGGUUUCAAAGUCAUUGCAUCUUCGGGGCUUCAGACAAUGGCAAAGCUCGUCCCUCGGUGUCAAUCGGCUGUGGUAGACGCAUAUCUUUCACUCUUGACUGAGAAAUAUUUGAAUGAAUUCCGAAUGGGGUUCAAGGGUGCAUUAAAAAAUCAGCAUGGGAGGAAGCUCUUUGUCAAUAAGUCUGAUGGUGGAUUGACUUCGCUUUACAAUUUCUCUGGUCUUCGGGGAGUGCUGAGUGGCCCCGCUGGUGGAGUUGUUGGCAUGUCCCGGACGUGCUAUGAUGCCGACGAUGGAACACCUGUGCUGGCAUUUGAUAUGGGCGGCACUAGCACCGAUGUUGCGCGAUAUGCGGGAAGUCUAGAGCAUAUCUUUGAAAGCAACAUAGCUCAGGUUACCAUCCAAACACCGCAGCUCGACAUCAAUACGGUCGCUGCUGGUGGUGGAUCUAUGCUCCUCUGGGAGAACGGGAUGUCCAAAGUAGGCCCUCAUAGUGCAGGCGCCUACCCUGGUCCAGCAUGUUAUGGAAGAGGCGGUCCGUUGACUGUGACGGAUGCGAAUUUCUUCCUUGGACGCGUCAUCCCCGAGUAUUUCCCCAUGAAGCUGGACUUCAAUGUCGUAAAAGAGAAAUUUGUUGUCCUCACGACCAUCAUCAAUGCCGAGAAAGGUGGAUCCUCGGAGCUUACUGCCGAAGAAGUGGCUAUGGGAUUUGUUUCGAUUGCGAACGCCACCAUGACUCGCCCCAUUCGAGCAUUAAGUGAGGGUCGUGGUUUUGAAACUGCUGCGCAUAAUCUGUGUUGCUUUGGCGGUGCCGGUGGACAGCAUGCUGUUUCGAUCGCCAGGGACCUCGGGAUUCGAAGAGCCCUGAUUCCGCGAUACUCGAGUAUCUUAUCUGCUUAUGGUAUGGCUCUUGCCGAUGUGGUGGUCGAAAAUCAAGAGCCCGAGGCGACAUCGUUUAGUAUUGAGGCUAUCACAAGGCUAGAGGAGCGUUUCCUAAGACUCAAAAAAGCCGGCGUCGCUGGUCUCGUCUCACAAGGAUUUUCAGAGACUCAUAUUGUCCAUGAGCUCUUCCUAAACAUGCGCUAUCAAGGAAGUGACACGGCUUUGAUGAUUGCGAAACCUGAAAUAACAGAAGAGUUUGGGACCGCUAUCGGAAAGGGCAUGGAUGUCACCCUAUCUAGUGCAUGUGCAGAGUUGAAAAAGCUCAAGGAUUCACCUCCUGCUAGUCCAAUCCAACCAAAGCAGAACACCGAAGUUUACUUCGAUCAGUCAGGCUGGACCAAUGUCGGCCUCUACUCGCUCAAGGUCCUCUCUCCUGCCACACGGAUCAAUGGACCGGCCAUGAUCAUCGACAAAACUCAAACUAUCAUUGUGGAUCCAGCAAGCGAGGCCAUCAUCCUCCCGGAACACGUCGUGAUUGAGAUCACGGGGACUGAAAAGCCCAAGUUGAGCACUAACGUCGUUGAUCCCGUGCAGCUCAGUGUCUUCGGUCAUCGUUUCAUGAGCGUAGUAGAGCAGAUGGGUCAGACUAUGCAGAAGACCUCUGUUUCCGUCAAUAUCAAAGAGCGAUUGGAUUAUUCUUGCGCAGUUUUCUCCGCUGAUGGCAGUCUGGUCGCCAACGCACCACACAUUCCGGGACAUCUUGGAUCAAUGAGCUAUGCGACUGCCUAUCAAGCGAAUCUCUACAAGCCCGGCGAGCUAAAUCCUGGUGACGUCCUACUGAGCAACCACCCCAGCGCUGGUGGUACCCACUUGCCAGAUCUCACGGUGACUACCCCUGUGUUUGACAAUGAUGUGAGUCCAACAAAGAUUUUGUUCUUCAUUGCAAACCGUGGACACCAUGCCGAUAUCGGCGGUAUUCAGCCUGGCUCCAUGCCACCUCAAUCUACUGAGCUCUGGCAGGAGGGUGCUGCAGUGGAGUCGUUUAAGAUGGUCAAAGAAGGCAAAUUUGACGAACCAGGCCUAUUAGAAGUGCUGGUUGAGAUCCCAGCAUCUUACCCUGGAUCAAGUGGCACUCGCACGCUUCGUGACAACAUUGCCGACCUCAAAGCUGCCAUUGCUUCUAACAACAAGGGUAUCCACCUCAUACAAUCAUUGGUUCAGGAGUACACGUGGCCAGUGGUCGAAGAUUAUAUGCAAGCAAUUCAAGACAAUGCCAGCCAGGUGACUCGUGAUCUUCUUCGGAUGAUUGCCAAUCGAUUCGACGGACGUCCUCUCGAGGCCAUCGAUUACAUCGACGAUGGAACGCCUUUGGCUUUGAAAAUUGACGUCAAUCGAGAAACUGGAGAUGCGAUAUUUGACUUUACUGGCACUGGGCCCGAGCACUUUGGCAACUUGAACUGUCCUCCGGUCAUCAUGUACUCUGGAACCAUGUAUUGUCUCCGCUCCAUGAUUGCAUCGGAUAUCCCUCUCAAUCAAGGAUGUUUCAAGCCCAUCAAGCUUGUCUGUCCACCAAACACUCUCCUAUCACCCUCACUCAAAGCGGCCACGGUGGGAUCCAAUGUUGAGACCUCCCAACGCGUAGUUGAUUUGAUCUUCAAGGCUUUCCGUGCAGCCGCAGCUUCCCAAUGCACAUAUAAUAGUCUUACGUUUGGCUAUGGUGGCAGCGAUGCAGAGACAGGAGAGGUUACAAAGGGCUUCGGAUACUAUGAGACAAUUGCUGGUCGACACAGGGGUGGUGAUGGAUGCGUUCGAGAUAUUGAGUUCCGGCUCCCGAUACAAGUCUCUAUUCUAUCAGAGCGACGAGUGAUUGCUCCAUAUGGUAUGGCUGGUGGCGAGGAGGGUAAACGUGGUGUCAACAUUUGGUUGCGAAAGUAUCCGGAUGGAACGAGUCGGUCAAUCAGCCUUGGUGGAAAGGCCACUACUCAGAUGAGGGCCGGUGAUCAUAUUAUUGUUUGCACUCCUGGAGGAGGAGGCUACGGCAGAGACCCAAACAAGAAGCCGGACUAUGAAUUUGGGGAUGUUUUCAAGAUUAAAGAGAAGUUUAUUCCUGGCUCCCUCCGGACUCAGAGCAGCGUUGCGGGGAAGACUGCUAUGGCUAUGGGCAAUUGA